CUCGCCCCUCCGCGUCCCGGCAGGCCCUGCGCGGCUGCGGCCUUGGGGCUCGUUGUGCGGCGCCUCAGCGGCUCCAGAAGUUUCCUGGGGGCGGCGGGCGGCAUGGCGGCAGCGGCGGCUCCUCCGCGGUUCUCGGACGGGGACAUCGACCGGGACCCGGGGGCCGCGGCGCAGUAAGAGUGAUCAUUCACUGGCACAACCUCCCCAUGGAUGCGGUGGAGCCUACAUCACUGCAGGGUUUCCAAGGCACGACUGGACAGGGCGUUAAGAUGAUGUUCCUUUCCCACAAAGGCCUGGGCAAGAUGAUCUUCCGAGGCCCCUUCCAACCUGGGCUGUUCUAUGAUUCUAUGCUUUUACCCACUAACAUGUAUUAAUGUGCUUUCAAAGGUUAUUUUUAACUAAAACAGAGAAGACAGAAGUGAAGGGCGGAUAAGUGUUUCUAUUUAACAUACUUGGAAGGGGCGAGGAUACAAAUAGUUAGUUCUUCUUGGAUGGAGUAGGUGGCAGAAGCAUAAGAUGAUGUUGAAUUAUCUUCCCAUAAAGAAAAUUAUGAAGCUAAAUCUAACGGUUCUUGGGGGUUUAGGCUGUAGCUUGUAAAAGUUUUUCAGAAGAUAAAUGGCAUCUAAAAAGCAAUUUUGAAUAAGCAAAUAUAUUUGGUAUAGUAAAACUAAUUUAAGGUCUAAAAAAAAAGUAAGUCCCCCAUUGUAGGAGGGGGAAGAAUCACCGCCAGACACAAAAAUCUCCAAUGCCAAAAGGUCUUUGGAAGUAUUAAAGAAUACUACAGAAUGUGCAUUUGGGUUUGGGUUUUGGUUUUGUUUUUUUGCAUUAACAUAGUUGCUUUGCUUUUCUAAUGUAUAUUUCAGUUCUUUGUACAUUCAGUACUUCAAAACAAUAACAUGUUGCACAAGCAUUAUCGAAUAUCUGAUACAAUAAUACUGAUGUCACUUGUGUAGCCUUUUUUUUUUUUUUUUUGAAGUACUGAGUUGAGUAUCCAGACUUCUUGAUAAUCUCUGAAUCUGUAAGCCCCAUAGUUCAGAAUAGAGUUUAGCUGACUUGGAAGCUUCGAUCUACAGGUAGAUACACCACGUUUGCAUGGUCUUAGGUGUGGUCUUUUAGCUCAUGUACUUAAUAUUUCUAAUCUGGGACACAAUACCGUGUAAAUGGGGGUCUGUGAUGCUUCCACAUCUGACUAGACCUGUGUCCACUUGGCACGGCAUUUCUGCACUGUCCCCGCAGGAGUUCUGAUUCCUUUAACUCCUGGGGUGCAUGCUUUGGCUUUCUGCAGCUGGAUCUGAUCCAGAAUCACAGGGUGGUUGAGGUUGGAAGGGACCACUGGAGGUCAUCUAGUCCAACCUCCCCUUCUCAAGCAGGGAGCAUUGCUCAGGAUUGUGUCCAGAUGGCUUCUGAAUAUCUCCAGGGAAAGAGACUCUGCAACGUCUCUGGGCAACCUAUUCCAACACUUGGUCGCCCUCACAGUAAAGUUAUUUCUCAUGUUCAGGUGGAGUGUUUUAGUUUAUGCCUGUUGCCUUUUGUCCUGUCACCUGGCACCACAAAGAAGAGUCUGGCCGCAGCCUCUUGGCACCUUCUCAUCAGAUAUCUAUAUGCAUUGAUCAGAUCCCCCCCUGAGCCUUCUCUUCUCUAGGCUGGACAGGCCCAGCUCCCACACUCCUUCCUCAUAGGAGAGAUGCCCCAGUCCCUUAAUCAUUCUAGUAGGCCUUCACUGGACUUGCUCCAGUAGCUCCAUGUCUCUCUUGUACUGUGGAGCCCAGAACUGGACACAGUACUCCAGGUGAGGCCCCACCAUGGCUGAGUAGACGGGGACUACUACCUCCCUUAGUCUGCUAGCCACACUCAAACGCAGCCCAGGAUACCGUUGGCUUUGGCCACAAUGGCACAUGGCUGGCUCGCGGACAGUUGUCCACCAGGACCCUCAGGUCCUUCUCUGCAGAGCUGAUUCCCAGGAGGUCAGCCCCUAGCCUGUACUGGUGCAUGGGGCUGUUCCUUCCCAAAUGCUAAACCCUGCACUUGCCUUUGUUGAAUUUCAAAAGGUUCCUCUCUGCCCAUCUCUUCAGCCUGUCUAGAUCCUUCUGGAUGGCAGCACAGCACUCUAGGGUAUUGGCUACUCAUCCCAGUUUUGUAUCAUCAGCAAACUUGCAGAGCAGGCACUCUGUCCCUUUAUCCAAGUCAUUCAUGAAUUAGUUAAUACUGGACCCAGCAUUGAUUCUUGGGGGACACCACUAGUUGCAGGUCUGCAACUAGAUUCUGUGCCACUGAUCACAAGCCUCAUCAUCCAUCUUUAAAUGCCAUCUGAAUGAUAAAGUUGUGAACUUUUCAUGGACUUUUUUGUCAUGUUGAAAAGAUAAGUUACUGUCUGGAGACCAAAAGCACCUUUUAAUUCAUACAAACUUAGCAUGAAGGGAGCUGAAAGUUCCCAACGUAUUUAGAAAUAGGUUUGCAACUUGCUUGCAUGGUGAGAGCCUUUAGAGUCAAAAUAUGUAGAAAACACUUGAAUGUUUCUGAGGACUAGGUCUAAGCUUGCUCUAAGUAACUGUUGCUAAUGUGCAUAAUCUGGAGUACCUGGUGCUAGUUGAGUAUUACUUGUCUGACUUCUCACGUGGCUGUGUAAGGACUAACUUCUGUGUGCGUGUGUGUCUGAAUUAGAUAUGACAAUGUACUGAUAAAAAAACCAAACCCAAAACAACAGAGAGAUGAGUUUCACACUGUUGAAAAUGCUUUGCUUUGCUUUGCUUUCCUGGGGUGAGGGCUGGUUGUGUAGUUGAGUCUGCUGCUUCUAAUCAGUGCUUCUGUCGUCAACGUAAAUCACAGGGAAUAAUGUUUGGAGCGAGAGGUGAACUGGCACAGAAGUGACUCUGCUUGUGAAGUGCCUGUACUGUUCACUGUCAGAGUUGGACCGCACUUGGUUUUGGGGGUCAAAAGCUGUACUUCACCUCUCAGCACAGCAUGAACCCAUUUUAAUAAGCGUGUUAGCUCAUGUCUCUCCCCUGUGGAAUACUUAUGGCAAUGAAUAUUUCCAGAAUGAAGAUUGCUUUUGAGUUUAAAUCUUAGGAGGGCAUUGGUACAAUUGGAUCAAGUUACAGUUGUGUGCUGCCUGCCACUUUUUUCAGAGACCCACCAGCUUUUAGACUUCCAUGCUGUACCUAGGUGUAGAUUUGUGUAUCUUAAACUGGUAAGAACUCGUGCUACUGCUAAAAGAAGCUCUUCUGGGCACUUUAGCUCCUACUUGGUGUAAACAUUUUAUGUGACAUCUGUGAAAUAGAACAAGACACUGAUUCCAAUUAAAAAGUCCUUCUGCUCUUCCAUUUUCUCUGGCUUGGUGGGACAGUUUUUGCAGCUGUCCUGUACUAAUAUUUUUGCAGGCUUAAAGCCUGUAUUUUACCUACAUUCUGAGUAGAAGUCUGAGAAGAAGUCAGCUAAGCAAACAGGGUUACUGUACUGUAGCUAUGUACUGUGGUGGCUUUAGGAGACUUAUUGUCUUCUAGCAAAGAGAACUUCUUUCACUAAUAAGGAGAGAAUUGGAGAUGCUCUUUCCAGGUGUGUGCAUUGAGUCGCUGUGAUUUUAUUCUGUUGUGCAGAAGUCAUAAGCUUUAUAAUACAAUUAUUUUGGUCUGUCUUGCCAGUGAUUCCCCUAACAAGGGACUAUUUUAUGCUUAUUUCCAUUGUGCAACAAUAUUUCCUUUUAGCCGUGUGCCCUGUAAGUCUUUUGUUCUGCUUUUGUGUUCAUCAUAAAUCAGAACAAUCUCUUGUGCUCAGUAAUAUUGUGUAGCGUGGUAUUUCAUCACAUGUUACAAUGCUUUGGGCAUGUUUUCGCCACACGAGUGUUUUGACUUAUUGCAUGUUGACUGCCAAAUCCCUGAUGCUGCAGUGCUUCCUUAGAUCCAGCAGACUGUGUACAAGUAUGCUGAGAAUUGUAGGGAGGUCUUUGAGAUAUGGAGGAUCACCUGUGCAUUAGACUUCAUGUUUAAGGAACUGACAACAGCUCUGGAAAAGAAUCCAGAUGAUGCCGAAUAUUAUUGUCAGCGAGCUUACGCUCAUAUUCUCCUACAGAACUAUGCUGAUGCAGUUGCAGAUGCAAAGAAGUCCCUAGAACUCAACCCCAAAAAUGCUGUAGCGCUCCUUAGAAAAGGGUUAGGUGACUAUCAUAUCAAAAACUAUGCAUCUGCUUUAGAGGCGUUCAGAGAGGGACAGAGGUUGGACAAUGUAGAUGAUACCUUUACUAUUUGGAUUAAAAGAUGUGAAGAAAUACUAAACGCAUCACAGACAGAAGUGCAGCAACCUCUGCCACCAAAGAUCAAAUAUGACUGGUACCAAACAGAAUCUCAAGUAAUUGUGACCAUAAUGGUCAAGAAUGCACAGAAGGAUGAUGUCAGUGUGCAGUUCUCGGAGAAAGAGAUGAAUGCAUCAGUGAGACUUCCAUCAGGUGAAGACUACAACUUAAAGCUUGUUCUUCUUCAUUCUAUAGUGCCAGAGCAAAGUACAUUUAAAGUGCUUUCAACAAAGGUUGAGAUAAAAAUGAAGAAGCCAGAGGCUGUAAGAUGGGAGAAGCUGGAAGGCCAGGGAGAUUCUCCUAAGUUAAAGCAAUUUACACCUGAUUCCCAGCACUUAUAUCCAUCGUCCUCUCACUAUACAAGGAACUGGGACAAACUGGUAGUUGAAAUCAAAGAAGAGGAGAAGAAUGAGAAGUUAGAAGGAGAUGCUGCUUUAAAUAAACUCUUCCAGCAGAUUUAUUCAGAUGGUACAGAUGAAGUGAAACGUGCCAUGAACAAAUCGUUUAUGGAAUCUGGAGGCACAGUUCUGAGCACCAACUGGUCUGAUGUUGGUAAAAGGAAGGUAGAAGUAAAUCCUCCUGAUGACAUGGAAUGGAAAAAGUUCUAAUCCUGUUUUUAAUCUUUUACCAUCGAUGUGUUGCCAUAGUCAUGUACUGACCACUAUGUAUGGACAUAACAUUCUUGGAUUCAAAGCACUGAGUGUUCCCUUGGAAGUAGGAAUUGUCUUUACAUUUUGCUUUAGAAACUCCUUCAUCCGCAGAUGUUAAAGACAUACUCAGGAGUCGAACCCUAUUUUCAUCAUUUCUGUCUGAUUUUUGGAAGUCCAGUCAAUCAGUCUAAAUUUUCUACCACCUUUAUUGGCUCUGCUCGUUGGAGAUAGGGUGAUCUCUAAUGACUGGUCAGGAUUAUUGCCUUACACCUGGUGUUUCUGUUCAAUAACUUAUUAGAUCUUGGCAACUUUGGGUGAAAACACUUUUCAACAACAGUGUUAAAAUUGUUUGCUCUUUAACUCUGCUAAAUAAAACUGUAAAUAUAAGUUUUUCUAUACGGAA